AUGUCGUACGCUGGCCGCCGUCGGGGCAAUAAAGUCAAGAAGGGCGUGCAGUUUACUGUCAUGGUCGUCGGCGCGUCCGGAACGGGCCGCACGACGUUCGUGAACACGCUGUGCGAGAGCGAGGUGCUCGCCCAUAAGGUGUCCGACAACCCCGACAUGGCCCACAUUGAGGAGGGCAUCAAGAUCAAGCCCGUCAACGUCGAGCUCGAAGAGGACGGCGUACGCAUUGCGCUGACCAUCGUCGACACGCCUGGUUUCGGCGACAACAUCGACAACGAGUUCGCCUUCCAGGAGAUCGUCGGCUACCUCGAGCGUCAGUACGACGACAUUCUCGCCGAGGAGAGCCGUAUCAAGCGUAACCCGCGCUUCCGCGACAACCGCGUCCACGCCUUGCUUUACUUUAUCCCGCCCACCGGCCACGCGCUCCGUGAGAUGGACAUCGAACUCAUGCGCCGUCUCUCCCCUCGCGUGAACGUCAUCCCGGUCGUGGGCAAAGCCGACUCGUUGACCCCCGCCGAGCUCAAGGGCUUCAAGAAGCGCAUCAUGGAGGACAUCGAGCACUACGAUAUCCCCGUGUACAACUUCCCGUACGACGUCGAGGAAGACGACGAGGAGACCAUCCAGGACAACUCCGAGCUCCGCGCGCUUCUUCCGUUCGCCAUUGUCGGCAGCGAGGAGGAGAUCGAGGUCGACGGGGAGCCCGUCAGGGCCAGGAUCUACCCGUGGGGCAUCGUCGAGGUCGACAACCCGAAGCACAGCGAUUUCAGCCGGCUUCGCAGCGCGCUGCUCAACUCGCAUCUUGCGGAUCUCAAGAGCCUGACGCACGACGUGUUGUACGAGACGUACCGUACCGAGAAGCUGUCGCGCACGGUGCACACGGAGACGCACGACUCGUCCAUCCUCCCCGAGGAGCUGGCGUCGCAGAGCGUGCGUCUCAAGGAGGAGCAGCUCCGCCGGGAGGAAGAGAAGCUUCGCGAGAUCGAGCUCAAGGUGCAGCGGGAGAUCAACGAGAAGAGGCAGGAGCUGCUGGCCAAGGAGGAGAGCUUGCGCAACCUGGAGAGCCGCCUGGCGGCGCAGGGGUCGCAGGGCGAGUUUGGCGGGCAGGAAUCCGGACGGGGCGGCCGGGAGUCUGUCGAAGUCUUGUUAACCAACGACGACGACGACGAACGACUGACGACCGGACCCACGGGCGCCUAUGCACGGAACCCGAUGCAGCUCGGCGAGAUGAUGGCCCCCGCGCACGCACCGCUCGACGACGGCGCCUACCACCGCUUCGGGACCGGCCCGCCCUCGACCUCCUCCUCCUCGUCCUCCCUCGCCUCCUCCCCGCCGUCCGCGCGCAGACGCAGCGCCAUCCUGCGACCACCCCGACCGUCCGCGCCCCCACCGAGUGCGCCGAUCCCGGACGUGCCCCCGCUGGCGGACGCACAACACUACGGGCAUUAUCAACAUUACCUGCCGAGGCCGCCGCUGGACGAGGGCGCGAACACGAACGUGAACACUUAUUACCGGCCGGCGGCGUCGCCUGGGCUCGCGGCCGUCGCUGCGUUCUCCCAGGCGCAGGCGGCGAGGGAGUAUGGGGGCGGGGGGAUGAGCUCAGGGGCGAGCACGCCGGAUAUGCACGGGCAGGACAUCGUGCCAGACCGGCUGCUGCUGUCGCCGUCGAGCAGCGCGCGAUCGGACGAGCGGAGCUCACGUGCGAGCUCGCGGACGGGGGACGGGAAGCUGAGCUCGCGCAAGACGCUGACGAGGGCGCUCGAGCUCGCGAGGGAGGCGGUGCGGCUGGACAGCACCAACGACGAUCCGCACGGCGCGAUUGUGGCGUACGGCGAGAGCGUGAAGCUGCUGAGCAAGGUCAUGGAGCGCGUCAUGCGCGGCGACGACGGCAAGCGCGGCGGCAGCGCGGGCGGGCGCAGGAGGAGCGUCGUCGCGCAGGAGGAGGAGAUCAGAAGGCUCAAGACCAUACACGACACUUAUGCGGACAGGAUGAAUAUCUUGAGCUUGAUCUACGAUAUUCCGCACGGCGUGGGCGAGGACGGGAACAGGCCGAGCAGCCCGAGCUCCCAGAGCGACGCUGAGCCAAAUGUUCAUAGAUUCAGCCAGGCCACCAUUACCGGCUACCAGCAUCCCUACGCAGCUUCUUCUGCUUCGUCGUUCGAUGAGCACCCGCCGCCGCCACCCCCGCCGCCGCAGUCUGUGCAGUCACGACCGAGCACCCCCUCUCGGGCCGCGUCCCGUCCACGCGCCUCGUCCAAUCUGCCCCCGCCAGUCCCGCCUCCUCAAGCAGCACCGCCUCCCGCACCCGUCGACCACCUCGCAGCGCCCGUCUCACGACAACGCGGCCAAUCAGUGUCUACACAUUCCCGCACACACUCUGGCUCUCGACUCGAGGCCCUAACCGAAGAGUCGCCCCUCCAAACGAAAUCACACAUCGAGGCCCUCGAGCCCUCGGCUGCACCACCCCGCCCACGCACAGACUCGCUGACAUCCGCCUCUGUGCCCUUCAACCCGCGCGAUCCGAACAGAGAGUCCCAUCCCCUCCCGCCCUUACCAACCUCACCCGAUUCAGCCUCCUCCGUCCUCGGCCCCCCAACGCCGCGCACGAACCCCGUCCCGCUCGACGACGACACCCAGAGCACGUACCGCGCGCGCCCGCGCGCGCCGAGCAUCCUGAGCAUGCGCGAGCAGCUGGCGCAGAGUGCGCUGGUGAACAGUACGACGAGCCAGGGCACGAUCUCGCAGCGGCGCUCGAAGAUGAGCGCGCCGCCGUCGAGCUCGGCGAACGGCUCGCCGCGGAUGUCCGAUGCGCCGCCGCCGUCUGCGAUGCGCGGGCGCUCGAGAGCGAAUUCGCAGCCGGGGCACAGGCCUUCGUUGCCGCCUGCUCCCCCAGCACCAGCUUCGGCCGUGCCUGGUUUGCCCUACGAACCUGAGCGACCCAUCUUGCCUCGAAAAGCGAGCGCCUCGACUAUCGCGAGUAAAGCGUCCGUCAUCACGACGUCGAACCCGCUCCCGAGCGUGCAGAUCGUGCAGAGCGGGCUGCAGAGCCCGCCAUUAGCACCGUCGUUGACGCUCGUCACCGCGCUCGUGCCGCCGCCGCCGAUACCGCACGCGACGCUGCCCACGACGCCUACGAGCCCGCUCCCGCCCGCGCCGCCGAGCGACGCGUUGCGAAAACCGUUCCAUAUGAUGAGUCUGCUCAGGCAUACGAUGACGAGCAAGUCGGGCGGGUACAUCACGCGCAAGCUGCACGUCCCGCAAGGUGUAUGGUCGCAGGGCGGCGCGAAGCUAAGGGAUACGCCGGAGAAGGUAAGGGUCGCGGAGAUAUUGGCUGUGGCGCUGGAUGAGCUUGCGCGGGUCAGUGGGGAGGUUUUUGGUCCUGGGAGUGUCGCGAGCGGGAUGGGGAUGGGGAUUGGGAGUGUGGGGAAGAAGGAGGGCGAGGUGUGGGUGAGGGGCUUGGAUGAGUUUGCGGGGGUUUGUGAGGGCGUUGUGGCGAAUUUUGGGAAGAAGUUGGGCGUUGGGGAGGGGUUUGCUAGUAAGAAGAAUAGCGGGGUCACGGCCUGGGCAGGCAAGAUGACGCGCCAGUUCGACAAGCUCACGAACCAGAAGAACGGCUCCCUCGACUCACCCGCAGCCUACACAACUGCCCUCGGCAGACUCUUCGCCGCCUCCCAACUCCUCGACGAGCACUGCCGCGCUAUAGUAAUGACACCGCCCGCGCCCUCCUACGCCGCUCUCCCCCCAGACUUACGAGCGAGCGUUGAAGCGAGGCUAAGGAGAAACAGCGAGUUCUUCGCGAAUGCCGUACUGCCGUUCGUCGUGAGGGAUCUGGCGCAGUUGUUGGAUAAGUACGUGAAGAAGUGUGAGAAGUGGUUGGCUGAGUAG